AUGUCGCUGCCAUCCUCUCACAAAGCCGCUGUCGUACCCGAGGCUGGUGCCCAGCAUAAGGUGGUCGACCGCUCUCUGGCGCCACUCUCUGCCGACGAGAUCGCCGUCAAGGUGACCGCUACUGCCAUCAACCCUGUCGACUGGAAGAUCCGCGACUACCGCGUCUUCAUCACCGAGUUCCCAGCCGUGCUCGGUUCCGACGCUGCCGGAGAAGUCGUCGCCGUCGGCUCCUCGGUCAAGUCGCACACCGUCGGCGAGCGAGUCUUUUUCCAAGGCAUCAUCGGCAAGUACGACUCCUCUACCUUCCAGCAAUACGUCAAGAUCCCCGCCAGCCUCGCAGCCAAGACGCCUCAGAAGGUAUCCGACGAGCAGGCGGCUACCUUCUGGGUAGCCGGUAUGGCCGUCAACACCGGUCUGUACCACAAGAGCGGUCUUAGCCUCGCCGCUCCCUGGGACAAGGACGGCGACAAGGUCGGCAAGGGCAAGACCGCCAUCAUCCUCGGUGGAUCCUCCUCCGUCGGCCAAUACGCCAUUCAGUUCUGCAAGCUUUCCGGCUUCGACCACAUCGUCACCUCUUCCAGCCCAUCCCACUUUGACUACCUCAAAACCCUCGGUGCCACCCAAGUUCUCGACCGAUCCAAGGCAACUUCAGCCUCGGACUUUGCCUCGAUCACCGACAACCCCGACUCGACCGCCUGGGUGUACGACACCAUCUCCUCCCCCUCCACCCAACUCCUCGCCGUCGAAAUCCUCCAAUCGCUCCGCGGCGGCAAAGUCAUCGUCGUCAUGAACCCAGACGAGAAAGCCGUCUCCCAAUCCCAGGUCGCCGACAAACCUCCCACCCAGGUCGUCAACAUCCUCGGCCUCGGCAGCCACCCCGAUUACCGAUACGUCUCGGAACCCCUCGCUGCUCACCUCGGCGGCGAAGACGGCUACGUCGCCACCGGAAAGGUCGUCCUCAACAGACCCGAGGUCGUAGAGGGCGGUCUCGAGAGCGUCGAGAAGGCGUUGAAGGCCAACAAGGAGGGCGUGAGCGGUGUCAAGGUCGUCAUCAGGCCAAAUGAGGCUUGA